AUGGGAUGCACACACCACUGCACAAGAACACGCUCCAUACACCUUAAAAGGGUCGACUAUGUUGAACCGAACCAGUACUUUCAUAUUCAAGAUAACGUCGAGCAACCCAAUCUCCCCUCAUGGGGUUUAUCUCGCGUUUCACACCGCGGCCCGCAUAAUUCUGGGAACAAUAAGUACACUUAUGACGAGAAUGAAUCUGGGCAAGGCGUAACUGCCUAUGUUGUUGAUACUGGUAUCAAGAUUAAUCACAACGGAAUAGCAAUCCCUAGUGGCGCUAGUGAUACUGACAAUCAAGGACAUGGCACGCAUGUUGCGGGUACCAUAGCUGGUACCAAAUAUGGUGUUGCAAAAAAAGCCACGGUUGUUGCUGUUAAAGUCUUCCCGGACAAUUCAGGGUCUACUGAUACUUCAACAAUCAUCAGGGGAAUCGAAUGGGCUCCUUGGAGGAGGAAUCGUCCGGCUUUGGACUCUGCUGUGGACGCUGCGGUUCAAGCAGGGAUGGUUGUUGCGGUAGCAGCGGGUAACAGGGGUGAAGAUGCUCACCAUUCCUCUCCAGCCCGUUCACCGAACGCCCUGACUACCGGGGCAAUUGACCAGACGGAUACAAUGCCUCCGUGGUCUAACUGGGGCCAGAUCCUUGACUUCAAUGCACCUGGAGUAAAUAUUGUCUCCUGUGGCAUAAGCAGCACAGAUGCAGAGGCAACUCUAAGUGGAACUUCUAUGGCUUCGCCACAUAUAGCAGGGCUAGCUUCCUGCCUGCGCCAGAAUCCCAAAUACAGUAAUUUCCACAGGCUUGCAUAUGAAUUACGCCUCCGUGCAGAAGGAGGAUGCAAGCCGUAUACUGGACAUGAAGCUGGAACCCCCAAUCUUGCUGCUGUUAACAAAACAGCUUACUGA